AGCGGGAACGCCCAAAUUCAAAGGCUUUGGAUAGACGAAGAGAUUUGCAGGAGCGCAGAGAGGCUCCAAGGCGGGCAGCCAUGGAAGAGGUCAUAUCUGGAAUACUCACGGACCUUGAAGCCCACUCCACAGCCAGCCUCUCUGACCCAAACCCUCCACUACCCAUCUCCCAAUCCACCCUCUCGGAUCUCCAAACUCUGCUCGACAACGCCAUGGCAACCGAGGACUCACAUCACAUUGACCGCCUCUUCGAAGACCUCUCAUCCAGAAACCUCUCGAUCUCCUCUCUCAUUCGCCCUAUGGCCUCUGCCAUGGACUCAAGCCCCACCGACAUCUCCCUCUUGGCCUCCAGAGUCUACCUCUCCUUGCUUCUCUCCCUGAAUGCACCUGUUUUCACCCUCUUCACUCCCAUGGCUUUUCUUUCUCUUCUUCGCUCUAUUCGUCAGUGUUUCAAGAAUCGAAAAAUGGGUCCUCCUCGGUUCGGUGAGUCGAGUCGGGGCUCGUACGCGGCGGCGUAUAGAAAGAGGAAGGGGGGUGGGCGGGCAAGGGGUGUUAGGAGUCGGGUGAGGGAGGUUGAUGAUGGUGAUGGGAGUGAGGAGAGUGAAUUUGAUGUGAGAAUGUUGUUCUCUGUUCUUGAAAGGCUACAGCUGGUUCUGGGUUUGAUUCAUUUAGACCGGUUUCCUGAUAGUUUGAAGUCUUUGGUUCAGACCGUGGCCGAGAUUCCUGCCAUGGCGCUUGAAUUGUGUGGUAACACAGCAAGUUUUGAUAAAUUAACCCAUUUGUGUUCCCGGGUCUUGACUGAAGUUUUGAGUUCUGAGCAUGGAGACCAGGCAACUACAGCGGCUGAGGUUUUGAAGUCGUUAUCGCCUUUGAUUCUGUUGGCUAAGUCGGAGGCUCGGACAUUUGCAUUGGGAUUUAUGAUGAAUCGGAUGAUGGGUAUGGCUAAGGAGUUUGAUGGUGUUAAGAAAGCAAUCGUGAAUCUUCCUAGGUAUUUGUUGCAGAAGGCCCCUGAGAAGUCUGAGCCUCGGGCUUUGGCUGUGGAAUCGGUGAUGGAGAUUGUUAAAACUAUGGAAUUUGAGGAGCAAAUUGGGUUUGUAAUGUAUGUGGUGAAGAUGACCCAAGGAAAGUCCCAUUUCAGGCUUUUGGCGGUUGAUCUUUUUCCCUUGCUUAUAAUGUCACUGAGGGACCCAUUGGGGGUCAAUACUGGAAAUGAAGUCAAGAAUUCAUGGGGGUUGAAUUGUUUGGAGGCUUUGAUUCAGCGGUGCUCGGAUGCUACUGCAGGGAUUCGAGCUCGAGCUCUGACAAACCUGGCACAGAUAGUGGGGUUCUUGUCCACUGAUGAUAGGAAUCAGGUCAUGUUGAAGGAAGGAAUGGGCUUUGGCAGUUCAUCACAUCAGAAGCUGGAAGGUGGGGUGAAUGAUCUUUUGAGGAAAAGAUGUAUGGAUGAGAAGGCAGCCGUGAGGAAGGCUGCACUUCUUCUAAUUACCAAGUUGACGGGUCUUCUUGGUGGUGAAUUUGUUGGAGACUUGCUCAAGACAAUGGGCAUGGCUUGUUCAGAUCCGCUUGUUAGCAUUAGGAAAGCAGCAAUUUCAGCCCUAUCUGAGGCUUUUAAAACAUUCCCAGAUGGGAAUGUGACAACAGAGUGGCUACAUUCUAUUCCACGUUUAAUAACUGAUAAUGAAUCUAGCAUUCAGGAAGAAUGUGAGAACCUGUUUCUAGAACUGGUCUUGGAUCGUGUGUCUAGAGCUGGAUCCACUGUUUCAGCACACAAGAAAUUGGUUUGUAAUGAUUUGAAUGCCAAGACAAAAAGUCUAGAGAUGGAAAUUGAGCUUUUAUUUCCUGGAGGAGUUUUGGUUCUGUUGAAAGAGAUCUGUAAUGGGGAGGUGGCACCUUGGGUGAAGAAGAUCUGCACAAGCCUAGGAAAGAAGAAACGACUGAAGCCCAAAAUUGCUGUUGCACUUCAGGGUAUGAUAAAGGCAUCUGAGUCUCUGUGGUUGAGCCAUUCCAUGCCAAUAGAAAAGUGGACAGCCCCUCCUGGGGCCUGGUUUCUUCUAUCAGAGGUGUCAGAGUUCCUCUCAAAAGCAGUGGACUGGGAGUUCCUCCAUCAUCAUUGGCAGCUCGUUGACAAGAAUGGACCAGGGGUUGAAUUUAGGAGCCCAGUACAAGAUUUUGAUGAUGGGGUAGAUUGCAGCAUGUCCAAUUCUGUUGCUUGGGCUGGAGAUCGUGUUUUUCUAUUGAAAACAAUUUCCAAUGUUUCUGUGGAACUGCCCCCUGAACCUGCUGCUGCUUUAGGUCACAACUUGCUUACACGGAUUGAGGAGUUCAACAUGCAUUCAACUGAGGUUAACGCGCAUGUAAAAGCACUCAGAACAUUGUGCAAGAGACAGGUUUUAAAUCCUGAUGAGGCUGAUGACCUUGUUCAGAAAUGUGUACACAAACUUCUCUCUAAAGCUUCUCAGAUUCUAGAUAAGUACAUUUCAGAGGCCUCAGAAGCAAAUAUAGACAGUGACUUUCGCACACCACCUGGAGGUGCAAGGAGGAAAGGCAGAACAGCAUUGACCAUGUCCAGAUCAUUGUCACGAGCAAUUACCGCAGUUUAUACUAUCGGGUCUUUGGUUAUCAUUUGUCCUUCUGCUAAUUUGGAUGCCAUUAUUCCAAUUUUACACACCAUAAUUACCUCCGGAAGUUCUGAUACAAAAUUGAAUAAGUUACAAGGCAAUACAUUUCCCUUAAAGCAGGCAGCCCCUUCCUUGUACAUUCAUGCAUGGGUGACAAUGGGGAAAAUCUGCCUUGCAGAUGGGGAACUUGCAAAGAGAUACAUCCCUUUGUUUGUGCAGGAACUUGAGAAGAGUGACUGUGCAGCCCUCCGCAACAAUAUUGUAGUUACAUUGGCAGAUUUUUGUGUCCGGUACACUGCUUUAGUUGAUUGUUAUGUAUCAAAGAUCACAAAAUGUCUUCGUGAUUCAUGCGAGCUUGUGAGAAGGCAGACAUUUAUACUUCUUUCUAGAUUAUUGCAGAGGGACUAUGUGAAGUGGAGAGGAGUACUCUUCCUCCGAUUCCUUUUAUCUCUUGUUGAUGAAUCAGAAGAGAUAAGGCGGCUUGCAGAUUUCCUCUUUGGGAAUAUCUUGAAAGCCAAGGCACCUCUUCUAGCUUAUAACAGUUUUGUUGAAGCCAUUUUUGUUCUGAAUGACUGCCAUGUCCAUAAUGGAGGUAAUGAUUCUCAGAGUACGCAGACUGAAAGAGACCGUUUUUCUAUUAGAGGUAAUGAUGAAAAGUCAAGAUCUAAAAGAAUGCACAUCUAUGUUUGUUUGCUGAAACAAAUGGCCCCAGAGCACCUUUUAGCUACUUUUGCUAAGCUAUGUGCUGAGAUCCUUGCAGCUGCAUCUGAUGGCAUGCUCAAUAUGGAAGAUGUCCAUGGACAGUCUGUCCUGCAGGAUACUUUCCGAAUUCUUGCCUGCAAAGAGAUUCGUAUCCCAUCAACCCGUGGAUCAACAUCCGAUUCAGCAGAUGGGGAAGAAGAAGGCUUAGAUGGUGGAGCAGCUUCUGAAGCUUCUGCUGCUAGAGGAAGGGCCAUAACUCAAGCAGUUAAAAAGAGCCUUGUCCAAAACACCAUUCCCAUCUUCAUAGAGCUGAAGCGGCUAUUGGAGAGCAAGAACAGCCCCCUUACAGGUUCCCUCAUGGAAUGCUUACGAAUUCUUCUCAAGGACUACAAGAAUGAGAUUGAUGACAUGUUGGUAGCUGAUAAGCAGCUUCAGAAGGAGCUCAUUUAUGACAUGGAAAAGUAUGAUGCAGCAAAGGCCAAAUCCACGGCUGCUGCAGCUGUGGCAACCAUGCAGCCAUGUUAUCGUUCCCCCCAUGUUUCUAAGUUCACAGAGAGGUUGCCAGUUCAAUCAAGAGUGGCUUCAGCAAUGUCAGAUGCAGUGGCUGCAGCCACAGUUCGAUCAGUGCUCAAGGAAGUGAACAGGGGGUCUCCAACACCACCUUUCAGUUCAAUUGGUAGACCCAAGCUCAAGUCUUCCAUGGGAGGAACAACCUCUUCUAGGGGAGAUAGACCCUUAGAUGUCAUAGAAUCUUUGAGGAGAAGACAGUCUUUCAAUUCUGAUGAGGAAAACUGUUAAUUGCCCUAACUAGUUGUUGGGGUUUUGGUCUUGUUUCAAUGUAUAGAGUGGAAAAAAUUAUUUGCA